GUAUGCAUCGAAACAGUUGUUUGGUUUCUCAAAUUUUCCAGCUCGAGAUAGGUCGGGAGGACCAGAAAUUCAGGGGUAAAACUGUCAUACUACCCGCCAGAUUCCAAACUCCAGUUCCUUCUCAUCAUCUCUUGCUUUGUUUUGUUCUUCCGACCUUGCCUCGCCGCAUCUGCUCCUCCAGACACAGCGCACCCGCCUUCCUCAUCCUGAUUCCGUGGCCGGCGGCCGCCUAACCUCAGCCCCCUCACCCCCACCGACGCCGCCGGAGCCCUUGAAGUAGCGGACCCGGGCUCUCGCGCCCAUCCGCGUCAGGAGUUCGAUGUCCGUUUGCGCCUGAUGGAUCCGCACCGGCUGACCGGCCCCGCCGCGUCCGACGCCGACGAUGCCGAUGACUGGGAUAAUGAUGACUUUGUGAUCCCAAGUUUUAGUGUUGAAGAAUCUGAUAUCGGUGACUGGGAAGCUUCACGGGCUACCGAUCCUCAACCACCUCCAAAGCCCAGCAAAGAUACAGAGAACAUAUAUCUUGGACCACACGGAGCACCGCCAUCUCGAGCGAAGAAGGCAGAGGAUACUUGGGCUACGGCUGGGUACCGUGAGAAGAACAACAAAGCGAGGGAAGCUGAGCAGAAGGCCUUUGGAACUGGGCGGAACAGCAAAGGGGGCAACACAGGAGAAUUCCAUCGCCACAAUGGUGGCAGCCAUGGCAAGGACCCCUACAAGAGAUCUGCUUAACCUUGUGUCGGUCGAGGCUCGUCCACAUUGAUACACCUAUAUCGUGCCUACACCUCAACUAAAGGAGAGUGUGGUGAUCUAUCCGUGUACUGGAAAUUACUUCACUUGUGGCCAGCGCUAUACAUUCAUUAUCUUGAGCUGCAGGUGUUCCUGGUCAGCUGGUAUGUACACACACUAUCAUUAUACUGCUGCAGAACUUCAUUGUAUUUGCUUGGGAUGGAAAAACCUGCCGAUUCA